UGUGAAUAGCCUCAUAUUCGUCCUCUCCUUACCUAUAUAACGUAACUUUCUCCCCAAUGUCCAUUCCUACCCGUUCAUGCUUCUUCAACUCUUCAAGCUAUGCCACCUUACAUCUACUUCUUCAUUUGCUGUUACUGGCGACCACUACGGCCUACCCCGAUAUUCCUAUGAUUAAUAUGCAGCCUCCUCUUCACCCCUUUUUGUUGACAUGUUCAACUUCACAAGACCAUGGUGUAUGGCUACUGUGAACCACCUGCGGUCCGACCCAUGCUGGUUGAGACUUUGAAUGUGUAAUGUCUCUGUUCGUCUCCCACACCCAGUCCCCAACCUCAAAAUGUCUCUUGGGCUCUUCCUCAUUCUCUCCUUCUUUUCUCCGCUCUUCCUCAUUCUCUUAUUUUCCCUCCGCUCUUCCUCCUUGACCUUAACACUUCAAACAUUCCCAAUCAAGCAAAAUCACCAAAGCCAAAACGCCCAGCGCAGAAAACCCCUUCAAAUCACCUCUUUUUCUCUCCCGUCUAAGCAGAAAACCACCAUCAAAAUGUCCAACGAGUCCAAGGCCGAGAAGAUCGAGAGGGUCAAGGCCAACCUGCCCCUUCCCGAGGAGCCCCCCGUCGCCCCCGACUGGCAAUCCGCCGACUCCCGCACCGUCGACGUCGGCAGCGGCCGCUUCUCUGGCGAUGUUUCCAAGGGCGAGGGCGCCUCCGCUGGCCUCCGUGAGCCCGCGUCUACCGACACGACCAAUGUCGACUUUUCCAAGGUUGGCAAGGACGAGGCGCAGUACGUUGGCAAGGGCCAGAAGGAGUCGUCUUCGUAAAGACAUCAACACCAGAAAAAGGACUUUGAUUUGAACAUCAUCAGCACCACCUCUGGGAGGAAUAGAAGUUUAUAGAAGAGCAUUAUGAUGACGAUGUGGCGGAUGGACGGGGAAGAAUCACUCUGGAAGGAAUUCACGGACACCGGCGGAUAUUCAUCAUUGCACUACAUGGCGUUUGUUGGGGAUUUGAGAAAUUUACGGUUACGAACGACGACAUGACCUAGGAUUAGGAUAGAAUUGGGUAACGACACGCUUCUGGAAACGGGGUGGUCUACCCGUUUGAAUGCGAAUGCAUUUACACAAA